AUGGCCACCAGGGAUUUGGUGAUAGGAGUUUUGUUCUUAUCACAAACCGUAUUUGGGAUCUGGGGGAAUUGCUCUCUUUGUUAUCAUUAUAUCUUCUGUUACUUCACUGGAUGCAGGGUAAGGUCCACGGGCUUGAUUCUCAGGCACCUAACUGUAGCCAACUCCUUAGUCAUCACCUUUAAAGGAGUUCCCCAGACAAUGGAAGCUUUUGGGUUGGAGAUUUCCCUCAAUGAUUUUGCAUGCAAACUUGUUUUGUACGUUCCCAGGGUGGGCAGGGGUGUGUCCCUUGGCACCACUUGUCUCCUGAGUGUCGUCCAGGCCUUCACCAUCAGUCCUCGAAACUCCAGGUGGGGAGAGCUUAAAGUCCAAGUUCUCAAAUGCACUGGUCCCUACAUUAUCCUGUGCUGGAUCCUGUACAUGCUGGUAAAUAUCAUUUUUCCUCUUUAUGUGACCAGUAAGUGGAAUAACAAAACCAUCACCAAGGAAAAAGAUUUGGGAUACUGUUAUGGGAUGUGGACUAACAAAAGCACACAAUCACUCCUUGCAGCAGUUUUAACUGCUCCUGAUGUUGUGUGUUUGGGGCUCAUGCUCUGGGCCAGCAUCUCCGUGGUUUUCACCCUCUACAGGCAUAAGCAGCGAGUCCAAUACAUUCACAGGAACAACAUCUCCCCCAGAUCCUCUCCUGAGACCAGAGCCAUGCAAAGCACCCUUGUUCUGGUGAGCACCUUUAUAUCUUUUUACACCCUCUCCUCCAUCUUUUCGGUUUGCUUGGCUCUUUCUGAUCAUCCUAGCUGGUGGCUGCUAAACAUCACUGCUAUGUUUGCCUUAUGCUUCCCAUCAGUCAGCCCCUUUCUUUUGAUUCAUGAUGCCAGAGGACUCAGGCUCUUUUCUGCCUGCUGCAAAAGGAACACCCACUUCCCUAAACUGUUUAGAUAG